AUGCUCAUCUUAGUUUUAUUCUCACACCUCCUCUUAUUCUCCGAGGCCUCGGCGGCAGGUCCGCUGAGGCGAGGAGAGAGGCGUGAUGCGCUGGGGUUUUCGAAGGUUUAUAGGUUCGCGAAUACUAGUAGCAUCGCCACCACGACGACCACUCCCUUAUCAACUGAAACCUCUUCGACGUUAAUCACGAGCGAAGCAUCCAAAGCGUCAACGUCAUCUUCAUCUCAAUCAUUAACAUUCACAACAUCAGCGCCUGGCUUAACUUCAUCGUCGGUUGUAGUUACUUCAAGUGCGAGUUCCACCUCAGGCCCCGUUGGGUCCAGCUCUUCCACUUCGAUAUCUCGGUCGUUCACGUUAAGCGAGAGUAGUACCAUCCCAACCUUCGACAUCUUCCCAUCUUCUACAGUCCCUGUUGGCCCUCCCGCUUCUACCGCAGACUUGGCUGUUUCGAGCUCAACUGUGGUUGCUGCUCCAUCGAACUCGACUGGAAGCUCAUCUCAGGAAUCUACCGGACUACAUCUAUCUACGUCAUUGGCUCUUCCCCUUGCGCCGACGUCUUCAGUAGUAUCUCUGACUGAGUCUCAAUCAACGGCGACCAAGAAGAGUCAAACUACGCAAUUGACACAAAGUAGUUCCACGGCUUCGGAGUCUACCACGUCCAUAAAUUCUAACACAAACGCCGCAAGUCCUUCUACACUAGCAAGCAGUAAGAGUGCUAGUAGUCUAGAAAGUUCAUCUACAUCGGCUACUGCCAUAUCCUCCCAACUCACUACUGCUUCAUUCGCAUCAGUUGUUAAAUCAUCUUAUGUGUCUCAUCCGGUAACGCCAACAGGGACGUUAAAUGACCAGGUUCCCACCAUCAUUAGUUCCAUUCCGGCUUCGUCAACGACAGUUUCCCCCGAAAUUCUUGCCAGCAAUCUGGCCGACGCAAAUAGCUACAAUAAGGUCUUCGCUGGCUUGACUGAGGAAUCUGCUUGCGCUGCUGGUCAAGUUGCCUGUGUUAAUGGGAAUAUCGGAAAAUGUUCUAGUGCCGGCGCAUUCGAGAUUACCCCUUGUGCCGGCACUUUGACCUGUUACGCCUUGCCGAUGACUACAGUUAAGGGCGUUCAGAUUGGUUGCUGGGAUGAUGCUACCGCUCGCAAAGCUUUGGGUGGCGAUGUACCCCCCGUAGGAAGCUCAACUUCUGCUAGCUCAUCUACAGAAACUGGGACGUUUGAUGGGACUUUGGUCACUGUGACAGUCACACCGACAGCCACCAAGACGGCUCAGACCACCAUAAAUCUCGGCUCGUCUACACAAACCCCUUCAACAACGAGCUCUUCAACAACGAGCUCUUCAGCAACGAGCUCUUCGGAAACAAGCUCUUCAGUUCCUGCCCAACCUUCAGAGAAAACAGUAACAGUUACUCAUUAUGUACCGACCACAUUUAGCACUGCGACCCGGUCCUCAAGCUCACCAUUGCCUCCUAAAAUAGUUACGGAAACUGUAACUGUAACGCCAUCCAGCCCGAAAGUCCCGACAUCUUCACCACUUGAAACACCUCUGCCGUCCACGAGUACAGCAACGAUAGUACAGACUACCCCUACUGACUCCGGCCUCCACGUCAUCCCAAUCGAGACGGAUAUUAUCGACUUCCCUGGUCUUGGGGAUAUUGGAGGCAACAGUGGGGAUGAUCCAAAGGGAGCCCCCUUCUUCACGAAGCCUAAUAACUUUGGUGUUACAUCCGUGACAACACCUGCUCCUACCCCCGCUACUGUCACUGUAACAGAGAAAGAGACGGUGAUGACGAUCACAACGGUAACGGAUACGAUUGUUACCACCUUAAGAGGCUAG